UCGGCAUUACAUAAUAAAGUUAUUCAAAAUCACCGAUUUCUAAUAAACAAUAAUGUCUGUACAUACAAUAAUGAUGGAUUUUUCAAUAGAUCCAAAUCGCGUACUUGAUUCAAAAGGUCAAAAAUCCGUUUACGAUCGCAUUAUUGAGAAAUUAAACGAGCACUUUGAUAAAUUAACCUUUUUGAAUGAAGUAAAAAUCGAUGGUGGUUCUUUGAAAUUAUACUCCUCAGUGAGAGGUUCUGUUUUUUAUAUUAGAAUAUAUGAAAGAGGAUUAAUUACUAUAAAUUUAGAAUACUAUAAAGUAGAAAAUGAAGAACCUCUUAUAACAUUUGAUUCUGCUCGUGAUCUUAAAAACAAAAUUUACACAUUUUGUAGUAUGAGUAAAUGUCAUGCUUACCCAACAGUUAAAAGAGGAGAUUUCUGUAGAUAUUUCCCAACAUCAGAUGAAAGACUCAUGGAGUAUGAUAUUGAUGAAAUUGUGUUUGAUGAUCAUUCUCAAUAUCAAAAAGUUCAAAUAGUGCAUUCGAAGAGUUUGGGAAAUAUGCUGGUGUUGGAUGAAUUACAAAAUAUAGCAGAAUCAGAUCUGAUUUACACUGAAACACUAAUGCAAAGAGGGAAAGAAAACUAUGAAAACAAAGAAAUAGUCAUUUUAGGUGGAGGGGAUGGAGCCCUACUUUAUGAACUUCUCAAAGAAAAACCAAAGUUUGUGACAAUGCUGGAAAUUGAUGAAAUGGUUAUGAAAGCUUGUAGCAAACAUUUAAGAUCAAUUUGUGGUGAUGUCCUGGACCAAAUGAGAGGAGAAAAUUAUGAGAUAAUAGUUGGAGAUUGUCUCGAUACAUUGAAGAAAUUCAUCAAUGAAAAUCACAAAGUUGAUUAUAUAUUUGGUGAUCUGACUGAUAUACCAAUUUCUAAAUCAACUCAAUCAGAUUUAACAUGGAGUUUUAUUAAAGUUAUCAUGAAAAUGUCAUUUGAGGUCUUAAACCCCAAAGGCAAAUUUAUGACCCAUGGAAAUGGAUCUGCCAACCCAGAAUCCUUAAAGCUAUUUGAAGAACAUUUGAAUGCAGUGAGGCCUGCAGUAAACUAUACGAAGACUGAAGCUUUUGUGCCAUCAUUCCUUGAAAAUUGGGUGUUUUAUCAAAUACAGCAAAAAUCUCAAUAACAUCCCGAUAUAUAUGUUCUUUUAUACUAGUAGUAAGAUAAUUAAUAUUAGUCAUCCUUUUAAAUCAUGUUCAAAGUUAUUUGAACAUGAAUUAUAGUUAGUUUAAUGUAGUAGUGAUCCAAAUGUACCAAAAAUAAUUUUU